GAUCGACUUUGUUGUCGUUUUGUCUGAUCUGCAGCUGAAUUUCUUGGACACUCGGGUGAAGAGAGGGGCGGAGCUGUCAUCUAACCACUACCUGGUUGGCAUACGACGGUUGGCUACGCACUUUAUAUCCAUUCCUACCGCUCAUUUAUGGGCAGGGCCGUUUAUAUGGAUGACUUGUACGUAAUGCCAGAGUUCAGAGGGAAGGGCAUCGGAAAAGCUCUUAUUAGCAAAGUGGCACAGCUGGGUUUAGCUGCUGGCUGCAACCAGCUCCACUUCACCGUCCUGGACUGGAACAAAUCCUCUAUGGACUUUUACCACAGCCAAGGCUGCUUUGAUAUUACUGCUACUAAGGGUGAUCACUGCAUGCGCUGUGAGGGAGAGGCACUGGAGCACCUGGCACAGCCUUAAUCUAACUGGAAACCACAAGGUCAACCAAAGCAAGGCAGGGACAGAGCACCACCUGGUGCCCCACAGACAGCGGAAUAAUUUUAAAAGUUAAACACUCUGAUUAAAUUUCUAUUUCACACAAAUCCAUUUAAAUUAAAGGUUAAAUGGCUUAUUUUCUUCUUCUUUAGGAGUGGGACUUUUGAAACUUUAAUCUAUUUAAUCUGAGGCUUGCAAUUAAUUAAUCUUGAUUAAUUACAAAUGAUUAUUUGGCCCAAAUAAGCAAAUGUCUUUAUUGAAAUGGGUUUUAGUGGAUUAAUUAAUCAAACAACAGGUACAAACAUGAACAUACAUAAGAAAUGCCUGUACUUUUCCUGAAUGGUACUGUUGUUAAAGUUAGUGCUAAUAAAGUUUUUCAAAAAUCAA